AUGUUCGCUCAUCUCUCAUCCGCUCUCUUCCUUGGCCUUCCUUUGCUCGCAAUCGCUAGUCCCGUGGCUCGAAGCACCACAAGUGAAAGCCUCUCCAUCGAUCCUCUAUCUGCUCUCAAACCCAACACUACAUUAUGGUCUGCUGGGGCAUCUAACACUUUCUCUGUCUGGGGGAACUCUUGUAAUACUACUCAGUUGGAGCUCAUUGGAGAGGGUCUUGCUCAAACUUUCAAGCUAGUUGAACACGGUAGAGACCAUUUGCGGAGAUACGGUAACGAUAGCUACUUCCAAAGAUGGUUCGGAAAGACCAACGAUCCAAAUACCCUUCAAGGGCUGUUCGACCGAAUCGUCAGCGGUGAUAAAGGAAAUGUUUCUUUCACUUGUGAUGACAUCGAUAACACUUGUAAUGGAAAAUACGGAAUCAUUCCUGGAUACUUCAGCUCUAGUACCCCCGAACUUACUGUGGUUUGCCCCACUUACUACCUCUCCAAGUUCCCUAUGGACGAGCUCUGCACCCGGGGUAACACAAUCACGUCUCAAGGAUCAGAAUCUACAGAUGGCUCCUGGUUCUUGCAUCGACUUUUGCAUCUUCCAAUCGCUAGUGGCGGUCUCUUAAAAGACGUGGUAGACUCAGCUCAUGAUGCUGUAGAACUUGCCAAAGGUGUCAACGCCACUCAAUCCAUUCACAAUAUCCACUCUAUUCAGUAUUAUGCUUUGGAUGUUUACGCUUCAGACAUUCUUUUACCCGGAGAAGGUUGUCUUGGUGAUACUUCCGUUCAGGUUUCUGAAUAA